UCUGAGAAAUGAAGGCUAUUCUAUGUGAGAAAUUGCCAAGAAACUGAAGAUCUCUUGAAUGUUGUUUUGUUUCAGUUUGUCUAGUCAGUGUUUAUUUUGUAUUUAUUUAUUACACCCAGUGUAUCUGUCUUGGGUUUUCCAUGUUAUUUUACAAGUGUUCCUUUUUGACAGGUUUCUGUGACUCCGGCUCCCUCCUUAGACUACACUCUCACACCCUUGAAUGAUGUCCAGUACUCAUCAUGCUUGUGUGCCAAUGGACGAAAUACCUUCAGUUGGACAAUGGCACCCUCUGUCCUGGGUAAGUCACUAGUCUUCAUUCAACCUUUCAAACAGCAGAAUGGAUGUCAACCUGAGUUGUGUACUCUCAGUCACCGUAUUGGAUGUUGUGUAACCUGUGCUGCACUCUGUCUGUCAAUGUGUAUGUAGGGGUUUUAAAUGUGUCCGUUAGUGCAGAGGUUGUCCAGUCCCACACUGCCUGUGACAAUAAGAUUGUGAACGUACCGGAGAGAGAACGCAUCGACACAGUCACACUGAGCCUGCUGGUGAAGGCUGAGGGAACAGAGAAGACCGACACCUACAACUGGUUGCUGUGUCCAACUGGAGAAGCUCUGACAGAGGAGGUGGAACUGCAACUCCCCAAGAAUGUGGUGGAUGGAUCUGAUGGAAUUUCUCUCUCAGUCCUAGGGGACAUCCUGGGUCGGGCCCUCAAGAACCUGGAUGGACUGUUGCAGAUGCCGUAUGGGUGUGGAGAGCAGAAUAUGGCCCUCCUCGUCCCCAAUAUCUACAUCCUCGAGUACCUGAGGAACACAGAGCACUAG